GUCUUUUAUUAUCUUGAGUAUAAAAUGGUUAUAUGACAAUCUCUCUCUCUCUCUCUCUCUCUCUCUCUCUCUCUCUCUCUCUCUCUCUCUCUCUCUCUCUCUCUCUCUCUCUCUCUCUCUCUCUCUCAGCUUUGGAUUAGUAACCCCGUUGACAGAAGUGACACCCGCGUUUUCUCUUCUCAGAUGUAAACAAAGCGGUAGAUUCCUUCCAGCUGGUGAUAAAACUUCCUCUCGCUCUCCCUCACUCUCCCACGUCACGGAAGUAGUGAUAUAAAGCACACGAGGAGGAAGUGAGAGGAUAUAUAUAAUGCUAGCAAUGGCAACCCUCCGAUCCGGCAAGCAGGUUGGCGGCAGCAAUGGCGGUGGCAGCGGCAGCAGUGGUGAGGUGGACGGCAGGGACAGAGGGGCAGUACAGGCUGCGGACAUCAAAGAGAAGAGGAACGCGCGGACAAGCAAGGUGGUAUUCGGUAGUCUGAUCCUGGACCUGCUCGGCUUCACGGUGGUGGUGCCUCUGUCUCCUGCUCUCCUUGACUGUUACUCCAAGCACGACUCCAGCGGCUUGUAUUCCUCUCUGCUCUCCUGUGUUACUUAUUACCAGCAUAUCAUCAGCGUUCCUGCGAGGUUCCACUCUGUCUUGUUUUGGUGGGCAGAAGGAGGAGGGACAUCGGUGCCAGUUUGACCGAGGCUUGGGAGGUGAUCAAUCCUAGGGCUCUGUUCUCCGUCAGCUGUGUCAAGGGCCUGGGCAGAGAAGCCUGGAGUUAACGCUGAUCUUCGCGACCCACCACAAGCAUAGUUACGACUCGUUGGCGCAGGACCGCAAGAUUUCCUUCCUGGGCCUGGUCAUGGCAAUUACACAGAGAGGGUUUAUGCGAAGUGUUAAGACUGGAACUGAAAAAGCAACUGCCAAUUAGAUGCACACCUCCAAUGAACAAACUACUGUGCCUCACUGCACAACUGCACGGCUUCCGCAUCUGAUGAUUGGUAUUGGCAAAAUACAACCUCCCCCAUGACACGCCUACUUAUUGUUCUGUGGGUAACUCCCCUCUUGUGGGUGUAGACAUGGCAUAGGAUUGGAAUGCUGCUGCAGCAACUUUCUUCCAUUGCAUUGCCACCCCAUGGUGACCCGGAAGCUGAGGACACCAUGUGAUGGCAAGCAGACACAUUGUGUGAUAGCAAGCAAUCACCUCUGGUCUGUCACAACAGCUGCCUCAACGAAUGUCUCGUUACAGUUCAGUUGGUGUAACAUUGUGACAGCACAGCUGCUGCUGUCAGACACGUGGCUGUGCUGGAUUAGCAUAGAUGCAGUUUCCCACCUCCACUACACAACCAGGCAGCUGUGUGAUGGUCACUUGCAUGUACAUUUUGAAAGUAAAAACUUUAAACACUGUAGCAAACAUGAUUCAAAAACUAUAUAAUUUAUCCUUUGUCAAACAGAAUGCUGCUAUCACUGUACCAUGAGUGCUGCUGCUUUCUUAAAUACUGAAUAUAAAGCUGUAACACCAUUAUAAAACCACAAGUGCUUUGUGCUACUGGGCCAACUGAAUGAAAUUUUCACUGAAACUUGCAAUAGGAAAUCUGGUUAUUUGACUUGUUGUUCUGUCCCUUUCAAGCAUUUGUUACAGAUAAUCCACAAACAGUAUGCCUAACCAAGUCAUGUCCUUGUCGGGAAAAGUAUACACAUCAAAUGACAAUCUCCACAAGGGAGGUAAAGAUGUGGUAUUUAUACGAGUACAAAAGACAUUCACACUCGUAUUCACAAGGAUUCCUUCACAUCUUGGCUUCCAAGGGAGAGAGGACUGAUCCUCACUGCCAACAUCAGAGCUGCAAAAAGAUAAUAGUUUAAUUUAAAUUAAUAAAUUGCUAUAUUAAUAGUAAUUCAAUAGCAAAAUAUUUGCCACAGUAUGGAUUACACAAUAUGGAUUAGUUUACUAAAGGUGCAUCCACACAGUCGAACAUUGUCGGACACCCACUAUUACCAUAUCACAAGAGAAAGCAGGAUGACGUUGUAAACGUUGAAACGAGAGAAGUUCAUAUGGUAACGGUGGUACCAGAUGAAGCUGCAAACUCACUUCACCAGACCAAAACCCAGCAGACCACGUUCGAAGCUGAUGUCUACUGGCAACACAGGUAUGCAAUUAUGUCGGUGUUAAGGUGCGUCCACACGGUCGAGCAGUGUCCGUCGGUCAAAACUGUUACCAGAUACAAUGGAAAGCGAAAAGGCUCGCUGGUGACGUCAGAAGCGAGCACCAGGAGCUGUACCGGACACCGUCCAUGUUCGUAGUAUCGGAACCUUUAGGUAUGAAUCCUUAAGCAGCUGAUCAGAUCAGCUGAUCAUUGUUGUGGUAAGAUGCGUGAGUGUAGGGUGGUCGUUGUGGACAUAAUUUCACUUCUAUUCAAGUAUCCGGCACGUCGGCGGUCCCGUUGAUGCC